GUCAAUGUUAAUGUUUGCAAAAUUAGAAGUAGAAGUAGAACUGAACUACAAAGUAGUAGUGUCGUAGGUUAUUGGAAUUUAUUGAAUUUACGUUAUAUAUGCCAGACACUGGGGCAAAGGGCGUGAGCAGCAUGGAGUGACACAAGCCUAACAGUAACGGUAUUGCGGGACCCUGCGCUCACGACAGUAGUCAACAUGUUGUACAUGUUCAACGUCGACGUUGGGACCAUGAUGACCUUCGAUAUCAACUUGGGGAUGGAACUUGUGUCCGUCCUUCAAGAACACAUAGCGAAGGAGCACAAGAUCCCCGUUGACAUGCAAGUACUGCUCGUGAGUGGGGGGAUCACGUUGCCGCCCAACCAGCGAGUGUGCCACUUCUCCGCAGGCACUGACACCAACCCGAUCUUCUUAUACAACAAGCAGUUCUACCACCACCCCAGUCCUGAGGCACCGCAGGAGCUUCUCUCGUUUGAUGCAGGACCAGAACACCCAGACAUGAAGGCAGAGGUAGACACCAGCCUAGUGUUGCCUGACACCAUCAACACUGUGGUGGUCCGAUCUCAUCUGGCGCAGAGGUUCUGUGAGAUGGCUCGGGAUGAGAUGAGAGCUUGCGAACGUCUGGUGCACGAACAACAUCUCAUGCAUCAAGGAUAUGCUGCAGUCAUCGCCAACAUGGACGACACGAUCCCAACUGUGAAAGCCAACAUGGAUAAUUUUGUCAGCUACUUUCAAGAGUUUUUAGAGAGCAAACAACACUACUAUCAGCUAUCAGAGACAGUGGGGGAAGUAGCGCAGACGCUAGCCACCAUCCCUCUGAUGCCUUCCCUGGUAGAUCUAGCAGUGCAGGACCCUCUGGCCAACGUAAGCAGUUGUCAGGAACUGUCUCAACGCAAGAACAACGUGUCACUGCUGGACUGGCUACACCUCCGCAACUCCAACGACAGCUUCCACAAGCUCUCUCAGAUGUGCUCCAAGGGCAUACAACAGCACAACGAAGAUAUAGUGAGUUCACUGCAAGCAUUGUUGAGUCACGCGGUGACACAGUCACAGGAUGAGAACAUGCGCAACAUCGGUGGACUGUCAGAGAGGUUCUCUGGGCUGGAGCGACUACUGAGGGAGAUACGCAGCUGUGUUCAGGAGCAGGGCGACUUGGCUCAGGCUUUGCAGCAGAACUCUACCCGCGCCAGCAACCUAGGUGACGCCAGUAUACUGCCAGACCUGUGCGCCAGUCACCGUCGCCAGUUGCUGGUGAUGCAGACCAACCACAGGAAGAUACGAGACAUCCGGCGACGCAUAGUGGCGGCCAAGACUGAGCUCAUACAGAACAUCUACAUGAGAAUGAAGUGGGUUAAUGGAGUAGAGACGGAGAUUGCUCAUGUGUUUGAACGGACUCAGAUGUACAUGAACAGUCUGAAGGUGUUAAAGGAACAGCUGACCAUCCUGCAGCAGACGCACAACAUUCCCCACCUCUACCUGACAGCUGUGGCGGAGGUGGUCAGACGGAGGACAUUCUCUCACGCCUUCCUCAUGUGGGCCAACGACCUCGCCUGUCAGCUGUGUGCAGUCCACUCUGAGGAAGUGGCCCGCAGACAGAACUUUCAGUCUCAGUUUGACGGCCACAUGCUCAACACACUGUUUCCAGGACUAGAGGACAGCCCACCUCCCUUCGCCACUCAAGCCCCCGAGUCUUUUGACACUAAACUGCCCAAGAUUACCAUAGAAGAUUUAGAACUGUUAAAAGAGAAAGUAGCAGAUUAUGCCUUGACAGUGUCUAUGCCAGACCUCAAUGCCAUUACUCAGUUUUUUGCUUCAAGAUCAAUAACAAAUCCUAUGAAACCUAAGGAAGUUGAAAGAUUGGUUGAAGAGGUAACAGCAAUGGAACAGCCGUCAGAUAGUCAGGCAGGCGCAGGAUAUCUGGCGUCUGUGUUGCCAAUCACUGAUAGGGGUUUUGAAUCAGAAACUGACACUGAAGAGUUUGAAAAAGUUGGUCAAAGUCCAACAGAUUUGGCUUUUGAGAAAAGAGGUGAAAAUGAUCAAGAGCAGAAGGCUGGGCGGUUGAGCAGAGCCAGGGAGGAGAUGGAGAAGUCUAUAGUGAACAUCAGACACGACCUGAGCUCUCUCAAGGAUUGGCUCAAGAGUGAACACGACCACGUACACAGCUUCCUACAACAGCUGACCACGGCGUACCACAACGACGUCCACUCCAAGACUCAGCUCAUCUACCAACUCAGACAGGAGGUGGCUGAUCGGGAGGCAGAGCUGGGAGAGAUGAGAGCCAUGACAGAGGAGUUGCAGAAACGGCUGACAUUGAGUCUGGAGACAGAGGCGAGGGAGAGGGAGAGGAGGGAGGAGGCGGAGGCCACCAGGGAGAGGGCAGUGAAGGAGGCUACGGAACAGCUGGCUCAUGAUCACAAGAUGGAGAUGGAAGCAGUCAGGUCUCGGUUUCGCCUCAUGGCCACUGCCUCAAUGGAACGCAGCCCCUCUGAGCUCAGUCUGGAGAGAAUGGACCAGAAGGAUAGUGUGGGUGAAGAGGUGAUGGCGCAAGUGAGAGCUGAGCUGACACAGGAGAAAGAGAGAGCUGUGGAGGAGGAGCGGCAACGCUGGCAGUCACGGCUUGACCACGAGAUGCACCAGCUCAAGAUACGAGCGGACGCUGAGAAACAGAUAUGGUUCAACGAGGCGAUGAGACGUGUUCUGGUAGAGAAGGAUCGUCAGUUGGAGAACCUGAGAGUUCAUAGUAUCCACCUGGAGACUGAGUGUCAGAACCAUAGAGACACUAUCCACAGACUAACUGGCACCACUGGGUCCUUGACAAGCGAGGGCUCUCUGCUAGAGCGUGUGGAGGCUCUAGAGGCAGCCAAGGUGAAGCUAGAGGCAGAGCUGGCCGAGGCCCGAGGCUCCUCUCCUAACACAUCUGUUACUCUCGCCUCCUCUGCCCCCACUCACCAAGACAUGAGCACUUCCAUCGCAGCUCUGUGUGACAGUGAGGCAGGAUUAAGAGAUGCUGCAACAAGUCCAGAUCCUGUCAGGAAGACGCAGAUAAAGGAUAAACUGACCAAAAGCACAACUUCACUCAUUCAGCAGGGAAAAGUCAGUGUUGGAUCUUGCAACAUAGGAGAGACAGUGUUGGUAGUUUGGGAUGAUAGUUACCAGAGUUACAUGAUCCUACAGGAGAGCUCCACUCUGUACUUCCUGCACCCAGACAGUCUAGGAGCCAUGUCUCUCAUGUGUUCUCUAGAUGGGAGUCCAAGACGUAUUUACAGUGUUGCCGAGGUGGUUGAAAAAGAAUACUGUCACGCCAGAAAGCCUGUGAACCGAUACAACGUAGCCAAAGGCACCAAGUUCUACAGAGUGAAAGUGAAGCCUCUGUCAGUUCUAUCUCACAACUCCCAGUCCAGCAGCGGCUGCAGCGCUUAAAUAUCAUGAGAAAUUUUACUUUAUCCUACACCUGGUAAUUUUAACUAAACAAAUUGUUGGUAGGAAACACUCUGUUUUGUUGGGUAUACUUCUAUUGUUAUUCUACAUUCAAAUUAUAUUGUUGUUUUCUCUAGUUUAUCAGAGUGCAAGCUGUGUUUAAUUUGUGUUAGUAGAGGAUAUUUUAUUUUAAUGUGACGUUUUUGUGUGAUAAAAUACGGUGUAUUAAUUUAGAGGCAAUCAUAAUAGUGUUUUAGUUUGUUUUAUCUUUGACCAAUAGUGUAAUGAUUUUAUGUAAGUAAAUGUCUAGAUGUAAGAUUAAAAGUAGGUGAGUUGUUUUGAACAAUAAAAUUUAGCUACAAGAGACAACAAUCGCAAAAUAGAAGCAAAUUUUUUUUGUGAAGUUGUAAUGUCUUUGUUUGGAAAUCAUGUGUUGUAUUUAUGGAUAGAAACUACUUAUUUUUUCGAGGACAGUGGUAGAAUUAACAAACUCUCUGUAGUUAGUAGCUGUAGUAUGUCUGUAUACUUUCACAAUUAACAUCACAAUGUAGACUGUAUAUCUGCUCACAAGAGAAUACGCAAGGACAUAAUGUAUUCUGCGAGUGUCGUAUUUAUCAGUUGUCGUCGGUAGUUAGGUUUUUGCCACUUGUGUAGUGAUAUUAUGUAGUAUUUUGAUCUCGCAGGGACAUAAUUACAAGUUGAAUCAUAAUAGUUUAGUCGUACGUCAAACAAUGUACCUGAUUAUAAGGUAUGGAGUUCUAAUCAGAUUUAUGAAUCAACAUUUUUUAUCUCUUUUUUCCGAUCCAGAGUCAAAUUAGCAUUUUUUUUAUAGAAAUAGGCACUUACCGAAUUUGGCCACCAUUCUGUGUAACAAUGUGGCCAAGUAUUCAUCAUUUUGUCUGCACACCAAGUUAUAACCUAUUUAAUUAGUGUAGUUGUUUUGUAAAUAUUGUACAUGGAUGUAAAUAGCACAGCAAAGGUUGUAUAUUUUGUUUGCAGUAAUUCUGUGAUAGCUUGCUCAUCAGCAUAGGGCAUAAGAUUGUGAUUAUGUCAGUUGUCUGUUGCAAGUCUGUUUUCCAGAUUUUGUAAUUAUCUCAACUUCUCAUAAAAUACAUAUUGUUAAAUUGUA